AUAGUGGCAGCUGGUGCGAGGAGCUUCGAAGCGCGCGGCGAUCAGUUCGAAUUGAGCGUUUCGCGACGAAGCAACGAGAGCAGCGGCCGCGGUUUCAUCUUUCUGUUGUGUGUUUGGUGUGUUUUGUUCCCGAUUAUACGCGUCGUCGACGAUGACACUCCGGUGCCCGAUAACGUGCAGGUGAAACGUUCAUACGAGAGGAAACCGUGUUCUACCACUCACACUUCCGGUAUAUCUAUCUGGUCCAUUCUGAGGAUUCGACGCGGCGAUUUUUCUAAACGACCGACGACUCACGUGGGGACAACUUUUCGAUAAGAAGGUCCUGAUCGACGUGCAGAAAGAUGUGGAACAAUCUGACAUGCGUGGACGAUUUCCUAAACCGGGCAUUUCACAAACUGGGUCUGGUGGUCGGCCAUCAUCCCGGCUACUUCGUGAUAGUUCCGGUUCUCGUUGCCUGCAUCUGCUUCACUGGAUACCAGAGAAUCCAUUACGAGAUAGAUCCAGAGUAUCUGUUUUCUCCGACAAAUGGGCCAAGCAAAAUGGAGAGGGCGAUCGUCGAGCAAUACUUUAAGGUCAAUUACAGCCACAAAUUUAACCUGGGUCGCAUUACCAGGCCAGGUCGAUUCGGCCAUGUGAUCAUUACGUCCAAGGAUGGAAACGAUAAUCUGCUGAGAACAGCAGUGUUCGACGAACUCAGACAGCUGGACAAGAUGAUCAGGAACACGAAAGCUACCUACGAAGGGGAGGAGUUCAGUUAUAGUCAGAUUUGUGCCAAAUGGUUGGACACUUGCUUCAACAACGACAUUUUGGACCUACAUCAUGUCAUAGAGGAUGUGGAAAAGAGGGAGCUGAACCUGACGUUCCCUGUGACAUUGAACCCCAUCACUUGGGACAUUCACCUGUUACCAGUCUAUUUUGGAGGUAGCGUGAUCAACGAGGACCUGAUCAUCGAGUCUGUACCCUCCAUGCAGCUGGCCUACUUUCUCACAGCUGACAAUGCUCGCCAGGAUGCGAUCGGAGCAGCCUGGGAAGAAGCGUUUCUAGAGACGCUGAGGCAAGUGGAGGAGGACAACGUGUUCAAGCACAUCGCUACCGCCAGGUUCGCUUCUAGGACCUUGGAAUUGGAGCUGGAGGAGAACACCAAGACCAUAGUACCUUAUUUCUCGAGCACGUUUAUCCUAAUGGCUCUGUUCUCUGUGGUGACGUGCAUGAUGACCGAUUGGGUACGCAGCAAGCCCUGGUUGGGACUUCUUGGAAACGUCUCUGCGGCAAUGGCCACUGUGGCGGCGUUUGGUCUCUGCAUAUACCUGGGUGUCGACUUCAUCGGGUUGAAUCUGGCUGCACCGUUCCUCAUGAUCGGUAUCGGAAUCGACGACACGUUCGUCAUGUUGGCGGCCUGGAGACGAACCAGUAUAAUGAAACCGGUGCCUGAAAGAAUGGCUGCGACUCUCAGCGAAGCUGCUGUCUCCAUCACUAUCACUUCGCUCACUGACAUGAUAUCUUUUUUCAUUGGCAUUCUCUCGCCUUUCCCCUCGGUUCAGAUCUUCUGUAUUUAUUCAGGAUUCGCCGUGGUCUUCACCUUUGUCUUCCACCUGACCUUCUUCACGGGUUGCGUAGCCAUUAGCGGUUACUGCGAGCAGAAGAACCUGCACAGCGUAUUGUGCUGCAAGGUGCAGCCUCUGUCCAAAUCCUCGAACAGAUCCUGGCUCUAUAGAGCACUGUGCAGUGGAGGGGUAGAUCCGGACGAUCCAUACAACCCCAUCGAUAACCCGGAGCACGGCUGCAUGAGCUGGUUCAGGGAUUAUCUGGCUGUCGCGCUGAAUUGCAGACCCGUCAAGGUCAUCGUCAUCCUGAUAUUCGCCUGUUACCUUGCUGGCGCUCUUUACGGCCUGACGACUCUUCAGGAGGGCUUGGACCGUCGCAAGCUCUCCAAGAACGACUCCUACUCGAUCACUUUCUACGACCGACAAGACUACUACUUCCGGGAAUUUCCGUAUAGAAUACAGGUUGUAGUGAGCGGAAAGUACGACUACAGCGAUCCGGUGAUUCAAGCGCAAAUGGAAAAUCUGACCAGGUCCCUGGAAGCUAGCAAGUACAUCAGCAGCGCUCCCAUAUACACGGAGAGCUGGCUCAGAAGCUUCCUUAGCUACGCCAAUAACAGCGCCACCGACGUGGAAAUCAAGGACGAGAAAACUUUCAUCAAAGCGUUGAAAGACACUUGGCUGUCUCCCAAAACUAGCUUCUCUCUGGACGUGAAGUUUGACCAGGCCGAAGAGCACAUCAUCGCCAGUAGAUUUCUGAUCCAGGCGGUAAACGUCAGUGGAACCAACCAAGAGAAAGACAUGGUGAAGGAACUGCGUCGGAUUUGCGCCCAGUCUUCGUUGAACGCCAGCGUCUUCCACCCUUACUUCGUGUUCUUCGAUCAGUUCGAGUUGGUCAAGCCUACCAGCAUCCAGUGCAUGGUCUUCGGCGCCCUCAUAAUGAUGCUCAUCAGCUUCAUCUUCAUCCCCAACGUCCUGUGCUGCCUCUGGGUAGCUUUCUGUAUUAUCUCGAUCGAAUUAGGCGUGGCCGGGUACAUGGCUCUGUGGGACGUGAACCUGGAUAGCAUAUCCAUGAUCAAUCUCAUCAUGUGCAUAGGCUUCAGCGUCGACUUCACCGCUCACAUCUGCUACGCCUACAUGAGCUCGAAACAAAAGACUGCGGAGGACAGAGUGAAGGAAAGCUUGUACAGUCUCGGUCUUCCGAUAGUGCAAGGAGCCACUUCAACGAUCCUCGGUCUCAUAGCUUUAGUGCUUGCAGGUACCUACAUCUUCAUGGUGUUCUUCAAGAUGGUGUUCCUGGUGAUAUUCAUAGGAGCCAUGCACGGCAUGUUCCUGCUACCCGUUCUGCUCUCUCUGUUCGGUCCGUCGUCCUACAAAGACGAGAAAACCGACUCGGACAAGGCUCAACAGCGGAAGGUGUCGGAAAAGGAUAUGAAUUGCAAACUCCAGCAGCCUUACGUGAUCCCACACCCGACUCUCACUUACUAUCAUUCUUCUGCACCCGCGAAAAGUCUGCAGGACAGUCCCGCCACCAGUUUAGCCGCUUUCGAAGACAGGGAUCCUGGUCUGGGCACCAGCGAGGACAGCAACUCUACGGAAAGUGGCUCCUCCCAAAGUAGAAGAAGGGAAGGCCAGCUGGAACCAGAGAACCAAAGGCGGCACGACGUCUGGAGAAGGUCCAUAGGCGUUCUCUAUGGCACGUCUCAGUUUCAGACCUCUUCACCGUCAGCUACUCCUUUUCCAGAUUAUUCUGCCACGACCCCAGAGACUCAGAACGAUCAGGAGCGACGAGCAACCAGGACGGUAUCUUACCUGGGUCCCUAUACACCUCACAGGCCGGCCAAUCAGCUGCACAGAGAUCACAGGAGAAGUAGAUCGUACCAUAAUCUGCAUCACUCGUCGAGGUACCUGACUGACCCGCGUUAUCCUUGAGUACGAAGAAGCGGAGAACGAGUGUAACUUGUGCACGGCUUGCAGAGGGAAAUCCAAUUUUUCUGUCGUGUGACGGUCGUCGAAAAUACGGUUCACGUUGUUUGAGAAUUUCUCUUGGAACCUGGCAAUCAGGCUUGAAAGACUUGCUCGUGGCUGUAGAUACAAAUCGGUGGCUGGAAGAGCAGCGAAUAUGCUUUCUUCCCCGGAGCAGUAUAUUUAACAAGAAGGAAAGAAAGAAAGAAAGAAAGAAAGAAAGAAAUCUUCUCAGGAACGUCUCUGCAAGUCGUGUUCGUCUUAGAAAGGAGACUCGAGUGUAGACUCGUAAGUAAGUAAAAUAAGCAAAGAGACUCGUUUUUCAAGUGUGAGCUCUAGGAUACUGUCAGAGGAACUGUAUGGUAGAAAAAUAGCACCUUCUAAGAUCGAAUUACGUCAGCCGGUAUUUUUAAACAGUCUUUUUUUCCCGUGAUUAUUUUAUUAGAAGAAACGAAAGAUAGACUGACCGUGGUCGAGCUUUGAAAAUCCGGGCUGACGUUGAUCGAAGCAGCGAAUUUGAUACGUUUUUACCUUGAGCCGAAUGCAUGAUAACGAAUUCCUUCUCCGAUACUAGUUCGACCACAGUCUUUUAUUUAGACUAGUAGCUUCUAGCUGUACCAACAGGCAACGGUAGUUACCGUGCACGAGUCAGUGGAGGAUCGUGGGAAACGACGAAAGUGGUCUUCCACGAUCUACAGUUAGAAUAUAAUAACGAAUCUGCUCAAUGGAAAUCAAAACCAAAAUGCAAUAGCAGGGAGAGUCAAUUUUUCAAGCAAAAGUUUCGAAGAACCGUCGAUCGUGCCUUACCAUGAAAUGUGUUCUCGAUAAAGAAGAAAGGAAAAGAAGAAAUUGCAAAGUAGCUUACGACGUUUCACGGCCGUGUCACGGCGAAACGAAAUCGAACGGAAUCGUGGAAAUUUUUUAGUUCGAUCGAGAAACAAACCGAGGCCGAUUCUCCACCGGUGUUUCUCUUUUUUAUAAUUCUAUCACGCCGCUGAUUUCAAAUGUGUGACACGUACGUGGAGUACGACUGCGAGUCAACUUGUAUCGUAUUUGCGAUUUUUACUGGGAACUCUGCUCUCCUUAUUUUAGCAAAUUUUUUAUAGCGAUUCAAGAAAACUAAUCUUGAAAAAUUAAUUGUCGACUUUGUUGAAAAAAAGAAAAAAAAAACUAUUAUAUAUAUUAUGUAUUAUUUAAUACAGAAAAGGGUAUUACGGAAGAGAUAUAAUUUACGAGCGAAGAUGUUAAAGAAAAGCGAGAGAAAGUUCCGAAAGAGAAAUACGUUCGACAACGACGAUUUAUUCCAAAGGAAAUAUAUUCUUCCGUGAUUUUUAAUGGAUGAAAUAAACGAUACAUGCUGCGUGUUCGGCACAAUUCUUUCUGUAUAGCACAAACGAGUAUGCGUGUUGGUGAAUGAGAGAGUGCAGCGAAUAUUAUGCAUUGUCAUAGACUGGCAGCUGCCAUUGAGAAACUUCUUGUAAGCGAAAUAUAUUCUGGUAAUGAUUU